AAGAGCCAUGUGUUUUGAUACUUCCAAGGCUAGAAAGACAAAGAAACUUCCCAUUGACCUGCAGCUCUGCUAAGUGCCCUGCAUGGAUUGAUAUCAACCUGGAAUUCUCUUGGUGUUUGCACAUCUCCCUUCCCAAGAAUUUGGUGUCUCCUUUUUGGAACGAGGAAACAAGAAAGCCCCACAGAGAGGAAACAGAGAUGAAGGUACACAUGCACACAAAGUUUUGCAUCAUUUGUUUGCUGACAUUUAUUUUUCAUCAGUGCAAUCAUUGCCAUGAAGAUGGACACGACCAUGGUCCUGAAGAGGAACGUGUACACUACCAUAAUUACUAUCAGAUCUCAGAGGCACCCUACCACCAGAAUGCAGGAACAGAAUCUAUGCCGAGUAAAUUUUCAGCAUUGGAAGCUGAAAAUGAACAAAAAUACUAUAUUGAAAAGAUUUUUGAUCGUUUUGGUGAAAAUGGAAGAUUAUCCUUUUUUGGCCUGGAAAAACUGUUAAUAAGCCUUGGUUUAGGAGAAGUACGAGUAGUGGUGAUAAAUCAUGAUGAUAUUGGCCAUGAUCAUGUUUCUCACCUAUAUGCUUUAGAUGUACAGGAAGGAAAGCAUUUUCACUCUCAUAACCAUCCUCAUAGCCACUCAGAUUCAGAAAAUCAAACCACGGUUGGUAUGGCUGCAAAGAGAAAUCAUAAAUGUGACCAUGAGAGAGAUGCAGCGCUGUCAUCUAUAAAAGGUGAUGGGAAACACAUUCAUGACCAGAGUCACCAUCACCAUCAUCACCAUCCUCAUCUGCAUCAUCAUCUUGACCAUAAUGGUACACAUCAUUCUCGCAAUGAUUCAGUUGGUCAUAGUGAGCAUGGAGAACAGAACCAUGGACCUUCAACAGAGACAAACACAACACAGGAUCAGCGUGAAAGAAAACAACGGAAACAGAAGAAGAAACGAAAGAAAAUCAGUGAGACUUCAGGAGAUACUACGCAAGAUUAUGCUCCAGAUCAUCAUCCAGGUGAUCAGUAUGAGCACAACCGUGUUCACAAACAUGAUCACGUACAUGAUGCAUCUCAUAUGCAUGUACAUCAUCACGAACACAGUAGUGAUCAUUCUACUAGUCAUGGACAUCAAGAUUCCAGUCUAGGUAAUGAGGAUGGACAUCACCAUACCAGCAAGCGAGAGGCACCUCGUAAGCAGAUGAGUGUAAGAAAACACACUACUUUUUCAGCACGUAGUCAUAAGGAUCAUAAUGAAGAUGAACGUGAUCGUGAAGAGUGCUUGAAUGUUACCCAGCUGCUACGACAUUAUGGUCUGGAAACCAGCUCUCCAAUAUCUCCUGAAUUGUUUACAUACAUGUGUCCUGCUCUGCUAUACCAAAUUGAGAGAAGGCUUUGUAUUGUACAUUAUGAUGAGCUUGAAGAUUUUAUGAAAAGUAAAACUGCAUCAAUUGAGAAUAAAGAUAAAACAGGUGCUUCAGCCUGGUUUUGUGGUAUCAUCUCUAUCACCGUCAUUAGCCUGCUUUCCUUGCUAGGUGUGAUCUUGAUUCCCAUCAUUAACCAAUGGUGCUUCAAAUUUCUUCUAACUUUCUUGGUAGCUCUGGCUGUAGGAACAAUGAGUGGAGAUGCUCUACUCCAUCUGUUGCCACAUUCACAUGGAGGCCACAACCACAGCCACCACCAUGGCCAAGGUCACGUUCAUGAACACAGGCAUUCUCAUCGACAUGCCCACGCACACGGAAUAGGGACUGAAGGCUUUCUAGAAGAAAAUGAUCCGGUGUUGAAAGGUCUUGUGGCACUCGGAGGCAUUUAUGUUUUGUUCAUCAUUGAACAUUGUAUAAGAAUGUACAAGCAUUACAAUAAACAAAAGAGCCAGCAGAAAUGGUGCAAGAAAAAACAGACUGAAGAAUCACCAAUUGGAAGGAAACUGUCAGAUCACAAAUUAAAUAAUAGACCAGAUGCUGAUUGGCUUCAGCUCAAACCCCUUGCAGGAGCAGAUGACUCGGUUUUAUCUGAAGAUCGACUUAAUGAAACUGAACUGACUGACUUAGAUGGCCAGCUGGAAUCCCCUCCCAAAAACUUUUUGUCUGUAGAAGAAGAAAACAAUGUGCACCAUCCUCACAAUGAUGUCUUACAUGCUGCUCAAGAGCAUGAUGCUCACGACUCAGAGUAUGACAGCCAUGGUGAAGAUAAAAUGAUAGCUAGGAAACACAGUCACCACUGGCAUCACAAACAUUCGCAUCAUUCUCAUGGCCACUGUCAUUCUGGAAAAGACCUGAAAGAUACAGGGAUAGCUAAUAUUGCUUGGAUGGUAAUUAUGGGAGAUGGAAUUCACAACUUCAGUGACGGCUUAGCAAUAGGAGCAGCUUUUAGUGCUGGACUGACAGGAGGAAUCAGUACAUCUAUAGCAGUAUUUUGUCACGAGCUUCCCCAUGAAUUAGGUGAUUUUGCUGUGCUUCUUAAAGCUGGUAUGACGGUAAAGCAAGCUAUUGUGUACAACCUCCUGUCUGCCAUGAUGGCUUACAUAGGGAUGCUGAUAGGCACAGCGGUGGGACAGUACGCGAACAACAUCACCUUGUGGAUCUUUGCGGUCACUGCAGGCAUGUUCCUCUAUGUGGCACUGGUUGAUAUGCUUCCAGAAAUGCUUCAUGGAGACGGAGAUAAUGAAGAGCAUGGCUAUUGUCCUGUGGGACAGUUCAUUCUUCAGAAUCUAGGCCUGCUUCUUGGAUUUGCCAUCAUGCUGGUGAUUGCCCUCUAUGAAGAUAAAAUUGUGCUUGACAUCCAGUUUUGACCUAAUUAUGGUAAUCACUGUGGAUACAAUAAUAUUACUGUAUGGCUUUGAGUCUGCACUGUUUCACUGUAUGCACAUUGCUCAGAGGAAAUGCAGUGGCUUGCACUACUUACACAAAUACAAUAUAUUCAUUUCUGUGUAGAUUAACUCCUGCUUUUUUCUAAUUCAAAUCAGAUGAGAUUGCUCAAUGUGUCUUCUAAACUCAAAUGACUGAUAAUUUGGAAAUACUAAAUAAGAGAAAUAAAUGCCCGGUUGGGUGCGCUACUUGCUUAAAUAAAAAACAUACCAAAUAUGCAGGAUCUAUACACUUGGGAAAAUACCAUUUCAUACUACAUUUGAGCAAAACCUGGAAAAUGUUACAGCCCAAAUUCAUACCUACAAGGAACCUGAGUAAGCUUUUAGUACCACACAAGUCUUAAGCAGUGGGCAUAUAUAUGCAUAUAUCGGUUUGUGCUUAUAUAUGCAUCUGUUUAUUCAUUUCUGUGUGGAUUCAUCUGCAUAGUGGUGACUUUAAGUAUUAAAUCUUAACAACAGUAGUUAACUGGAAACCACUCUGCUGUUUUAAAUUUAAAAAAACAAGUCCAAAUCUAAGCAAUCUUUAAAUUUUUAAGAGUACACCUUAAAUUGCACUCCCUCGUUUAUAAAAACCUCAUGUGUAAGAAGGCAGGCUGUUGCAAUAUACGCUGCAAAGUGCUAUGUUCUGUCAAGGAUCAGUUUGACGAUGUUUUCCUGACUAAAAUUUAUUUGAUGUUUGUCCCUUGAUAUUAGUAAGAAAAUGCAAAAUGCAAUAGAAUUAGUGCUAGCUUGGGGAAAUCCCUGAUGUUGGAGUUACAGAGCUCCUCCUGGUUCUUUCUACAGAUGCUAAACAUGUAUUGUGUGCCACUUGCAGCAUAAACUACUGAAGAAUUGUGGCUGUGAAUGUGUGCAAACUCCCUUUUAACAGAGAGUCCAUAUGGGAAUUUUUUCUGUUUUUUAACAGUUACUUCGGAAUGUUUUCUCCUCUUUAUGUUAAAAAAGAAAGUACGAAGUGCAAGAUGCUAGUUACUGAACCUGGGCGCAAAAGUUAAAUUAUGGUCUGUGUACGUACUGGUGGGUUAUUUGCAAUACUAUAAUACCAGAUCAAAAUCUGUUUCUAUAAUGCCUCAAUAUCAGACGUGGUAGCACCAGCCAUCUCACAGUAGAGAGUUAGAAAGAAUAUCUCUACUUCCUGCAUGUAAAUCAUUUCUGUGAUUUUUUUUUUUUACAAUUUGGGUAUUUAAAUUAGGUUAUUAAAAAGCAGAUGUGAUAGAUCUGUUGUACAUGUCAUUUGGAAGGACAGACUGAAAAUUUGGGCCUUAAUUUGCCAGGAUCAGAUGUCUUAGAUAGGAUUUUGCUGAGGUGCUUAUAUUGCCAGACAUGAGUUCUUCUAGUAGCCAUCUCCUUGAAGAAAACACAAAGCGAAUCAGUGAGUUUGUGAGGAGUGCAAGUUGAUUCUGUAGUACCAGUCCUAAGCAUGGUAGUAGCCUUUCCUGGAAGACACAGUUCGUCGUCUUCUUUGUGUAUGCCAGGUCAGCUGUGUUUUGACUAUGUGCUGUAAGUUUUGUUUCAGUCUGCUUGGUGCCAGUGUAGCUGCUAAAAACAUACUGAUCCUAACGCCUUUAAAGAGCACCAGUUGGUAUCUUCAUUCCAUUUCAAGUUUGUGUGUUUCUUGUGGCCUGUUACUUUUUGAAGCUUCAUGGGUCAAUUUAGUUUUUACCAAGAGCAGCUUGUAUAUUUUAAAGGUAUUGGGUUGGUUCUUGCCAGUAUUUCUUCCUAAUGCAGUAUCAAGAAACAGUAUUAAGGGUCCAUUUCAAAGAAGAGCACAGUUUCUUCAGUGAAGAAGCCAAAAGCCCAGAGUUCAGGUAUGCAGCCAUUUGAUGCUCAGAACUCAGGUUUCUUUGUUUUUCUUCUUUAAACACAUUUACUACUGGACCCUAAUUAGCACAACACUGAUGUUAGCUUCAGUUUGCUGAACUUCUGCAAUGUAAAGAUCCUGGGUGACACUUUUUUCCUAGUGCCCACGUUAGGUCCCUGAGUACCAUUUUCAAAGAGACUUAAGUCACUGGAUAACUUCUGAGAAUCUUAACUUAAACAACCUGUGUUGUUUAUGUAUUGAACUGACCCUUAAUUUUAAUUUUCUAUUAAUUUCUGUCAAGUAUAAGGGGUCAUGUGGUUGAACUGAUAUUGUCAAAUCAUUUUUUAAGUUUAUUUCUUUUAAUACUUUUACAGAUGAAAUUUUCUUUAUUUCAGGUAGAAUAUUUACUUUUGUAUUAGUUGGAGUAUGGUUUUAGCUUAAUACACUGCCUAUAUAGGGAAUAUAGUAAACUUCCUUCCAACGCCAUCUUCAGACAAGGGAAAAACUUGGUCCUUGAAGGCAGGUACUGCAUUUUUCAUUAAAUAUGUUGUUUUUCUUUUAUUUUCUAGUAUUUAUUACAACUUAUGAAGAGCAGUGUAACAGCUGUGACUUCUCUAGGUUUCCACCAGUACUGAAUUCCAAAUCAAUCUAACGUACACUUUUAAGUCAUGUUACAGACAAUCUGAAUUCCACUACAUUUCUACUUGGCUUCAACAUUCCAUUCUGCUUGGAUCCAGAGUCUCAUUUAACUUGUAUUUGUUGGAGGGCAUGUUACUUGUAUACAAUGCUGUCACUGUGUGACAUCCCAUAUGAAUUUUGAUGUAGAUCACAUUGCACUCAAUCCGCUGUGAUUAUGCUUAGAAAAUAAUGUAGUUGCUAGAUGCAGUGUGAUUUUUGUUUUUUAUUUUUUCCCCUCCAGUUAACAAUUGAGUCUAUGGUUUCAAAUGUGAUUAUGGUCCUAUAAGAUACAGCUGAGCUAUCAUUUUUUUUGUUAUAACUAAAUCAUUUCUAAAAAUUUUAUAAAGCUGGAAAAAGAUCAAAUGCUGUUUUGUUCAUUGUCAACAGUGUUGUGUUCAUUUUAUGUAUGUUCCUUAUAAAUAAGGAGCCUUCAAAAAAUAAAAUUAUUCAAGGAGCA